AUGCGUCCCCGCGUGAGGCGAGCUAUGAUUCGAGCUCAGACAAAGACUAAGCAACAACAAGAAGGCACUUCGGAUACAAGAAAAGGCAGAAAGAAAGAAGAGAAGUUUCAAAUUGAUUGUGAUUCUUUGAUACUUGUUAAUAUGUUGUUGGUUAAAUGCUCCUGUGCAUGGCCUUAUUUGUCUUCACUUAGCCAAAUUAAGGAGUUGUUGAGGGGUGUUGAUUUUCAAAUUAGGCAAGUUUAUAGGGAAGCGAAUGGGGUUGCGGAUGGCUUGGCUAAUCAGGCAGUUAGAACCAAAAAUUCUUCUAUGUUUCAUGGUGCUUUGUGUGCAUUUCAGUAA